CCGUGUUGUAUCGUUAUUUCCGUUUCCUUAGUAUAGUGUUUAACGCUUUAAUUUCUAGUCUCGCGUAACCCUCUACACAUUCACACAUACACACACACACACACACACACACGUAUAUCGUAUUCUAUUUUUUACACACGCGCGCGCACAUACACACGUACGUUUACAUCAUACACACCGUAUGUACUCCCUCGUUUUUUUUUCACGAUCGACGAAUACGAAACUCGGCGAUCUCGUUUAUCGACGAUAUCGAACGCGAAUAAUUUUCGGCUCGUCGCUCGUACACGUACACCUACACUCACACUUAUGUGCUGGUCAAAGUGAAACCGAGGGACCGUCGACCAGGAGGCGAGCAUAAAUGCCGAUUUACGAGCGCUCGCGUCGUACUUUUCUUUCAUUGAUUUCCCCUUCUGUUCCGGGCGGCGGUGCGAGAGCGUGAUAGUAGGUGCACGUAAAGAGAGAGUUAGAGAGAAGACCAGGGACCGGCGCGAUACAUCGACCAGCACCACGAGAGUAGUUGGGUAGCACGGGCAGUUGCACGUUGCUCGGUUUCGCGUGCGACCGAAAAGAGCUUUCGGAAGGAGGAAAAAGGAAUAACGGAACGUCGAGAGAAGGAAAGGAAAAGAGUACAGAGAGUGUCGCGAGUCCCGAGAAAAGAAAAAAAAAAGAAAAGUGUUCUCUGUGUUUCUGUGUGGAUGUGUGUCGUGUGCUUUCGCGUGCAUCGAUCGCAAAGAUAGGAAAAGGUGGAUUCCGAAAAGACGGUGAGAAAAAGAUUUCGUACUUAGUUAGAGAGGACCGGUAGGAGAGAGCAAUGAUGGCGAACGGAAUGGACACAGUCGUGCAACAAAAUGGUGGAUCCACCCUCGGACAGGCCUCGCAGGAAGAGUCCAAGACGAAUCUCAUUGUAAAUUACCUGCCACAGAGCAUGACACAGGAUGAGAUUCGAUCCCUCUUUUCGAGCAUAGGCGAGGUGGAGAGCUGCAAGCUGAUUCGCGAUAAACUCACCGGUCAGAGUUUAGGUUACGGUUUCGUUAACUAUCACCGGUCUGAGGAUGCUGAGAAGGCGAUAAACACGCUCAACGGUCUUCGUUUGCAAAACAAAACGAUCAAGGUAUCGUACGCGAGACCGAGCAGCGAGGCGAUCAAAGGCGCAAACCUGUACGUGAGCGGUUUGCCUAAGAACAUGACGCAACAAGACCUGGAGAAUCUGUUCAGCUCGUAUGGCAGAAUCAUCACGUCGCGGAUACUCUGCGACAACGUCUCCGUACGACAGUUUGUGACCGGCGGCGGAGACUAUUUGCCCGGAUUGUCGAAAGGGGUCGGUUUCAUAAGGUUCGACCAGCGGGUCGAGGCCGAGAGGGCGAUCCAAGAAUUAAACGGUACCAUUCCGAAGGGCUCGUCCGAGCCGAUCACCGUCAAGUUCGCCAACAAUCCGAGCAGCAACAAGGCGAUGCCACCGUUGGCCUAUCUGACACCGCCAGCGACCCGACGAUACGGCGGCCCGAUCCACCAUCCAACCGGCCGCUUCAGGUACAUUCCACUGUCGCCACUAUCCAGCACUGGCAAGGCCAUGCUUGCCAUUAACAAAGGCUUACAGAGUAGGUACAGUCCGCUGGCAGGUGAUCUCUUGGCGAACUCUAUGCUACCCGGAAACGCGAUGAACGGUUCCGGCUGGUGCAUCUUCGUGUACAACCUCGCCCCAGAGACCGAGGAGAACGUGCUGUGGCAGUUAUUCGGUCCGUUCGGCGCCGUCCAAUCGGUCAAAGUGAUCCGCGACCUGCAGACGAACAAGUGCAAAGGCUUCGGUUUCGUGACGAUGACCAACUAUGACGAGGCAGUGGUCGCCAUCCAGAGCUUGAACGGUUACACGCUUGGUAACCGGGUUCUCCAAGUGAGCUUCAAGACGAGCAAGAGCAAGGCGGCGUAGGACGACGAGCAGCUGCAGCAGCAAUACCGCGAUCACCAUCAUCGGACACAAGAGACCAGCAGCAGCAGCAGCAGCAGCAGCAGCAGCAGCAGCAGCAGUAGCAGCAA